CUUCUUUUCUGGAGCUUGGUCAGCUAACUUUUCAGUUUUAACGAUUUUGGAAUCUCUGAAUCGAACACAAAAAGCAAGAAUCUUUGGAUUGUGUCAGAGUCAAUGGGGCUGUAUCUUAUGUAUUAAAUUCUUGAUUUCUUUUCUGAGAAAAACUCAAAUCAAGAAGACUGAGAUUUGAACUUGUGACCUUGUGAUUACAAGUUUGUAUUCUUAGUUAUCUUGUUGGCUGGGGUUACGGGUUACCCCUUAAAUUCUUGAUUUGGCUAUAGAUAUAGAAGAAUUCAGUUUUUGAGAUUUGAAAGGAAGAAAAAUGGGUUCAGGUCCUGAAGAAGCUGGCAAUGCCAAGUCUUCAGGAAUGGGCAAAUCAAAGUCUGGAAUGGGGAAGAAUAAUGAUAAUGAUGAUGAUGGCGGUGCUGAGCAGAGUUGCUGUUGGUUUAACUUGUGUUUUCUGGGGAACUGCAUGCCAUCAAGGUCUAGAGUAGAUAGCUCUGUUACACACCAUGAUACCAAAGGUUUUAGUGAUACCAAUACAGACCCUCCAGUUGCUUUAGUUUUAUCAUCUCCAGUUGCUCCUAACAAAGGUGAGGAACUGAAAAUCGCCUCUCAGCUUCGGAAAUUCACUUAUAAUGAACUAAAAGCAGCAACGAGGAACUUCAGACCCGAAUGUCUUCUUGGCGAGGGAGGCUUUGGGUCUGUUUACAAAGGUUGGAUCAAUGCAAAUGGAUUUACGCCAGUAAGGCCUGGAUCGGGACUCCCUGCUGCAGUGAAGACUCUCAAUCAAAAUGGACUUCAGGGUCAUAAGGAGUGGCUUGCUGAAGUAAAUUAUCUCGGUGAACUCCAACACCCACAUUUGGUAAAACUAAUUGGCUAUUGCAUGGAAGAUGAUCAAAGAUUGCUCGUCUAUGAGUUUAUGCCCCGAGGAAGUUUGGAAAACCACUUAUUCAAGAGAUCGCUGCCGCUUCCUUGGUGCAUAAGAAUGAAAAUCGUUUUAGGUGCUGCAAUGGGGCUUGCUUUCCUCCAUGAAGAAGCUGAAAGGCCUGUUAUAUAUCGAGAUUUUAAGGCAUCUAAUAUCUUAUUGGAUGCGGAAUACAAUGCAAAGCUCUCUGAUUUUGGACUUGCCAAAGAUGGUCCCGAGGGAGAUAAGACUCAUGUAUCAACACGAGUAAUGGGAACUUAUGGUUAUGCUGCUCCCGAGUAUGUCAUGACAGGACAUCUGACAUCAAGAAGUGACGUUUACAGUUUUGGGGUAGUUUUACUCGAGAUGUUGUCUGGGCGGAGAUCCAUGGACAGGAGCAAAAGAAACGGGGAACACAACUUGGUUGAAUGGGCACGGCCAUUUCUAUCAGAUAGGCGUAGGUUUUAUCGGGUGAUAGAUCCGUGCCUUGAAGGUCACUUUUCCGUUAAAGGAGCACAGAAGUCAGUUGAGCUAGCUGCAACUUGUCUUUCCCGUGAUCCAAAAUCCAGACCUCUAAUGAGCGAAGUUGUUCAAACACUGAAGCCUUUGCCCCAAAUGAAGGACAUGGCUUUCGACUCGCCCUACUUUCGUGUCAUGAAAUCCAGGUUUGCCAGUGCCAGGAAUAGUCACAGGCUAGAAGCAGGAUUAGCAUUACAAAAAAGGCGGCCAGCUCGGAGCCUCUCUAUACCUGCACCGAAUGCCCCUCGUCUUUCCUCUCCAUAUAACAAUAGAUCACCAAAACCUAGUAUUCGUUUACAAGAAUGCUAACAUUUUCUCAUUGUGAGGUUAAAGAAGCAUGUU